AUUUGUGCUUCACAGUGAAGCGGACGAAAGGCGCGCAAGCUACGAAGUGACAUAAGCAUACAGAGAACCCUUUCAGUUUUUGUUUUUGUUACUACCAGCAAGGAGAGUGUAUAAAAAGUGAAGAAAAAAAAGAAAUAAAAAAUAAAAAAAAUUAAUUUAAAAUAAAAACUAAUUAAAAAGUGUACUAAAAAAACAAAAUAAAAAAUCGCGUGCAGACUUUGCCGUUAUUUUUUCGAAAUGCAAAUUUUUUUUAAUUAAUUCUAAUUUCAAUGAAUUAAAUUAGCAAUUUUUAGCAAGCAAAGUGCAGAUUGAAGAAUAUUUGUUGUUAUUGUGUUGUGCGCAUUUUGAUUAAUAAAAUAAAAUAUAAAAAUAUAUAAAUUAAAAACAAAUAACAAAAAAAUUAACAUUCACAGUAAAUAGUAGACAUGUUCAAACAUGAAACUGUUAUGAGAACUGUAAACAAACAAAUAAAUAUAACAUGAUAUAAACAGCAAACGCAUGACAGUUGAUCACAGUUUAUAAAACAGUGUAAUAUUACAAAUUCUCAGAAACAAUUGUUUAUAAAAGUGUUUAAUACUACUAAAAACAUAUUUUCCACGAAAAAAAAAACACAUUUACAAAAACAAAAAAGUAAAAAAUCUGUAAUAAACAGUGCUAAUUGCUUGCCACCCAACAAAAAUAUAUUUAUCGUUAAUAAGCGUCGCACACAAAUCACAUCCAGAACAAGCAACUCAAUUAACAAGCACAUGAAAUGCGCUAAAAUAUGGUUUGCAAUAAUUUAUUUCUAAUUGAAAUGCAAAGAGUGUGAGUUGUAAUAAAAAUUUGCAUUAGAAAUUCUGCAUAAAAACAAGUUGUAUGAUAAUUCGAAAAAAAAUCUGUCUAAACACAGCCAGUUGUUUUGAACAGUUAAAAGUUCAAAGCCUUUGAUGCAUAAAAUUUGUUUGUUGCUAAAAAAUUAUAUUUUUUUCUCUCUCGCGCAAAAACAAUUAAAUUUUGUUUUGGCGUGCAAUGCACCGAUAAAAUUGCGAGUAACAUUCUGUGUGUUUGUUUUUAAUCACAAAAUUCAAAAAAAAAAAAAAUUAAAUGAAACAAAUAAAUGUGCGCUUAUACAUAUAAACCAAAAGUGCUAAACAUCAAUUGUUGAAUUUGAAACCGGCUACGAUUUUGUGUGCAUUUGCAUUUGAAGUCAGUAAGUGAAACGAGAAUAUUGACUGCAGCUCUGAUUGUGAAAUACUCAUGCUUCAGACACUUCUCAACUCAACUCAAUCAUGCACUAAUGCAACAUUUUGAAAGCGUAACACGUUCCACCGAAAAGGUAAAUUGAGCGAUAAAAAAAGAAUUGACUACAACAAAAAAACUGAAUAAAUGCGGCGUUAGAAAAAUAACAUUCCAAACAUAUUUCAACAACAACAACAAAACAAUUUAUUGUGCAAAAUACAUAAAAAAAAGAGUGUAGACGAGUCAACCAGCAAGCCGCCACGAUGGAGCAUACCGCCUGUCUGAAGCCAACGAAAGAUGUCGAAUUUCAAGAUGUUUACUACACCGUUAAGGAGCGCAAACACUUUAUUAAAGUCACUGGAACUCGUCAAAUAUUACGCGGUGUCAGCGGCAGCUUCCGCAAUGGUCAAUUGUCGGCAAUUAUGGGUCCUUCCGGUGCGGGCAAGAGUAGUUUACUCAAUGCUUUAUCUGGUUUGCGCACCUCAGACGUCGAGGGCCAUAUAAAAAUCGAACGCAAAGGUUCCUGCUACAUCACACAAGAGGACAAUCAUCAGACGCUACUCACCGUCGAAGAGCUAAUGACGCUCAGCUGCAAUCUGAAGCUGCCGCAUUGUAAACACAGAGCCGAAUUAAUUACAGAGAUACUUGAGAAUCUACACUUGAAUCAUCGGCGUAAUGUUUAUGCGGAAAAGUUGAGUGGCGGCGAACGCAAGCGGCUCUCCAUCGCGCUCGAAUUGGUGGCGAAUCCGAAAAUAUUCUUUCUCGACGAACCAACAAGUGGUUUGGAUGAAGUGACAGCGGCACAAUGCAUACGCUUACUCAGCCAGCUGGCGAAAGAGGGACGCACCAUCGUCUGCACAAUACACCAGCCUUCAGCGACGAUUUUCAAUUAUUUCGACAGCAUAUUCGUGCUGGCGAGCGGACAAUGCGUCUAUCAGGGUCAACCGGGUGCGGUGAUACCGUUUCUACGUCACGUACACAUUGAGUGCCCCAAAUAUUAUAGUCCAUCGGAUUACAUUAUUGAGUUGUGCGAUGCGGACGAGGGCAAGCUGAUACCACUACUCAGCGAGCUAACCGACAAUGGCAAGCUGAUAUAUGCGCCACAGUCGCAACAACAACAACAGCUUAAUGGUUUAAGUAAUACAACGACAUUGCCAGUUCCUCCACAACGCUCCAAAGAUUUCCAGCAAUCGGUGCGCACUUUCUUCGUAGAAGAACCCAGACGCAGUCGUUGGCAACAUUUUCUCUCGGCCGGCACGAAUUUCUCCACAGAUGGCACGCUUAUUGGCGGUGUAACGGCCUUCUAUGAGCAUAUGAAGACCUUUACGAAACUGCUGGACGCCGAACAUGAAGAGUCUUCGAGCCUCCAUCAGUUCUGUGUGCUCUUCAAGAUGAUGUCGGUGCGCAUUAUGCGCGCACGUGUCGCCUUACUCAUACAGUUCUUGCAUCACGUGUUGACGGCGCUGUGCUUCGGUUUGAUUUUUCUGAAUCUCGGCAAUCAGGGCUCUCGCAUGUUUGACCAUUUGAAAUUCUGCAUUGGUGUGAUCAUAAUUAUCGCUUACACACAAGUUAUGGUGCCGAUAUUGAGCUACCCGAUGGAAAUAAAAAUCGUUCGCAAGGAAACCUUCAAUCGUUGGUACAAAUUAACACCUUAUUAUAUGGCUUUGAGCUUCUCACGCUUGCCGCUACAGAUCGUUUUAAAUAUGAUAAUGCUAACCAUAAUUUAUUGGAUGAGUGGCUUGCCACCUCAGUUGUGGCGUUAUGGUCUCUUUGCCAGUAUUGGUUUGAUGACGUCAUUGAUUGCAGAAGGCAUGGGCUUGGCAAUUGGCAUGACAUUCAGUAUAACGAACGGCAGCGCUGUUGGCCCCUUAAUGAUUGCGCCCCUCAUGGGUUUGGCCAUAUAUGGUUUCGACUUUGCCGCACAAAUCCCAUACGCCAUGAAUCUGCUCAUGAAAUUCAGUUACAUACGUGUGGCUGUGGUGGCGUUAAUACUCUGCGUGUUCGGCUUUGAUCGUCCCGAAUUGGAGUGUAACGAAAUGUAUUGCCAUUUUGGUGAUCCGAGAGUAUUACUGAAAUUCUUAGACAUCGAACAGCUAUCGAUGUGGUAUCUCUUCUCACUACUCACCACGCUUAUGCUCUUCUACAGAGUGCUAAUGUAUUUGAGUUUGCGCAGACGUUGUGGCACAUAAAUAACGGUAUUAACGCGAAUUGUUAAAUUAAAUAUUGUAUAUGUGAUUUUUAGGGUUAAGUGGUAAUGUAAGGGUUAAUUAAAUUGAAUUUGAGGGAUUUUUGGUUAAAGUUUGUAAGUUGCUGCUUAAAUAAGGGUAUAUUAAAGCUAAAAGCUGCUGAAAGUGGUAUAUUAGUGUAUAUAAAAUUAUUAGUAAGCAAUUUUAUGCUGUGAUAAAUAUUUAGUAAAAUUAAGAUAUUUUUUGUAAGAAGGAAAUUGAUAAAAAAUUUGGUUAAACUGAAACAUUUCAUGUUUUUUACGCUCGGAAAAGAAAUUUAUUGUCAUAAAAUACUUAAAUAUAUUCCAUUUGUAUGUACAUCAAGUAUUUAAAUAUAUUUUUUUAAAUAAAAAUAUUUUUUAUGAAAAAAAUACAAA